AUGAAAUAUAUAAAUUAACCAGAUAAUGAAAAUCUUACGCCUUUACAUCUUGCAGUUAUUUCUGGAAAUGCAAGAAUUGUUAAAAAAUUACUUUUAAAAGGUGCAAAUAGAAACUUAAAAAAUACCCUUAAUAAAACCCCAGCUUAAAUUGCUAAAGAAAAAGAAUAUUUUAAUAUUGAAUAAAUGAUUACUUAAACUGGUGGUAUUUAAGAAUAUUGUAAUAUUAGAUAGCCUUUUAAACCUUAAUAAAAAUAAAAUAAAUAAGCUUGUCUUUUACUCUUUCUUUUUAUAUCAAAUUAAAGUUUAUUUUAUAUAUUUAAUUUACCUUGCUUUUCUAUUCAAUAUUUAUACCUUUAUGUUCCUUCUAUUGCCUUUAAUUUUUUUGUUAUUCUUUUUUUUAUUUUAUCUUGGAGAAAAAAUCCUGCUUAAUUAUUAAUGGAGGAACAAAAAUAGCUUUAAAAUUAAAAUAAUAUAAAAACUCCGGAUGAAAUUUUAUUAGAAUUGUUUAAAAUUGAAAACGAUUAAAGUAAAAUAUGUAUUGAUUGUCAAAUACUUAAACCAAACAGGUCUAGACAUUGUGAAAUUUGCAAAUAAUGUGUAAAAGUAUAUGAUCAUCAUUGCCCUUGGAUAAAUAAUUGCGUUGGAGCUCAUAAUUUAGUUUUUUUUACUCUCUUUAUUAUUUUUUUGUGGUUUAAUAUAGUUUUUGUUAUAGUAUAAACUAUAUAUCAAUUUUAAGUACAUUAUAAAUAAUGUUUUUAUUUUUAAAAUUAUUUAAAUAUAAUCGCAAGUAGUAUAAUUCUAUUAAUGUGCUCUAUUUUUUUUUUCCCUCUAUCAAUUUUAUGCUAUGUAUAAUUAAGUAAUUUACUUAUGAAUAUAACUACUUUUGAGAGAUUUUCAUUUAAUAUUGUCUAAGAAGAAUAAUAUAAAGAAUUCGAACCAACAUUUUUAUAAAGUAAAUUAAAUAAUUAAACUUAAAUUGAUGUUCAAUAAUAUAUUAAGGAUAAAAAGAAAAUUAAAGUUUAUAAUUGCUGGUUAAUGUGUUAUUUAAAUAAAAAAAAUCAAUACUACUAAAAUUAAAGUUGA